AUGCCCACGCGCCAUGUCUGCCGCUCGUGCAUUCGCCGCGCCAGGUUCGCCCUGUUUCAGCGUCAACAAUCAUUACACCAUGCCCGACGCAGCUUUGUGUCGGUAGCCCCGCGGCGAAUCCCUGCGCAUCUCGAAACCAUUUCCGAGGCCUUUGGGGAUCUGCCGCCACCAGAUCUUCCAAGUGGAGAGGAUGCUGUCCAUCAGUCUGGUGUCACGGCAGAGGAACGACCGCCUACCUUGAGUCCAAUGAACAGAAGGAGGUUCUGGAUUCAAUACAAAACAUCUGCAUCAUUCCGCGAGGUAGUAGACCACAUGCACAGUCGUCUGAAGGCAAAAGGCACUACUACCGAUGGCACCCUCCGAGUAGUCGCAAAUACUCUCAUGGUUGACCAAAAGUCGAGAUCCUGGAUGCUCAUCAGACCCGACAUGGUGGCGAAACAUCCCGCAUGGUUCAACGAUGUGCUGCAGAGACUAUCUACCCCAAUUUCUGUCCCUGUACAGGAAUUUAUGGAGAUGCUGGAAUCUAUGCAGUCGUCAUACCAGUCCAAGCAGCGAAGCCUCGAGCUCGAGAGCAGCUUCUGGGACCAUGUACGUGGAGAAGCCUCAAAGAUAUUGAGUUUUGCAAGUCACUUCCGUGGCCGGAUAACAACUGGGGAUGCUGAGGUCCACAACAUAAGAGAACAGUUGAAAGCCAUUAACCGUCGUAUCGAUGCAAUGCAUCAAGGCAGACUCAAAGAGGCGGCGAGAAUAAGGGAGUCCAAGGUGUUGGGGACGAAAAAGCCGACGCCGAAACCCACAGCACAGUCCGAGGACGCUGGCGCACAGUUUUUCACCCUGAUCGAGGCCUUGACGAAACGGACUUCGCCGUCGUCGGCACAACAGCCUGAGGCAGCAGCAGAGCGGAAUCCUGUCAGCGACGGUCCCUCGGCAGGACAGGCUUCGUCUUCACCGUCACAGGAGCCCGAGGCAGCGGUAGGGCGUUUCGUUUCCGGCAAAGUAGCGAAGGAGAAGGAGAAGGAGAAGGAGAAGCUCCCGGCGAGCACACAGAAGCACGGCAGCAUCAUCAUCCCCAAACUCGACCCAGCUCAGACUAUGACGCUGACACAUCAACAUGCAUUUCUCGAACCAUUACAGCCUAGCAGUCCUCCAGACGUUGGCGGGCUGAGCUUUGAUCUGCAACGCGUCUUAUUUAAUCCAGGCGUCUACCAGCUUCAAGACCCUCGAUCACGCGUUUACAACUUCGAUCCCUACCUAGAAAAGAUCAUGCCGGUCACCGAGUUCAAUUUCGAUGCUCUCAACGAAUACCUCACAUCAUCAAAAGAUCCGGCCUUGCGCGACCUGGCAGUCGAAACAGGCAAGAGAUAUAUCGGAUCGUCCUCCAGUAUGACCGGCGUACUAUCGCACUUCCACUUGCUGCUCUCCAGCUUCCGAAACCUGAGCUACGUCAAUCUCAGUAGGUCAUUCGAGGUCGACAGCAACAAGUUCACCACAAUGACCACGUGCCCGGCCGGGAUAUUUCUUCGGUACCAUGAUGGCGUGUAUGCCAUAGAUGCAGACCACGAGCAUGAUGAAGGCAAUAUCCUUUUGAGCUUCGGCAAGUCAGUUGAGAAGCUUUUGACCCUCGAAAAGGAAGACUUUGAGAAGUACAGCAGGUCGCAAACCAACUUCGACGCUGACGCUCAGAAGCCAGAGCAGUAUCAUUACGGUACAAUCGGCAAAGUUCUGAUGAGAUCGCAGCUUGAUGCGCAUGAUUCUCGCCUACCGGGCACCGGCAUGUUCGACUUGAAGACGCGAGCUGUCUCCGCAAUUCGCAUGCAAGUGACUCAGCACGAGAUCGGCCAAGGCUACGAGAUCAAGGACCGGUACGGCAAUUGGGAAUCUUACGAACGCGAGUAUUACGAUAUGCUGCGUUCGGCAUUUCUCAAGUACUCACUGCAGGUCCGCAUGGGUAGGAUGGACGGCAUAUUCGUCGCCUUCCACAACAUAGAACGCAUGUUCGGCUUCCAGUACAUUUCUUUACCGGAGAUGGACCAAGGUCUUCAUGGCCAGUCCGAUACCUCCUUGGGAGACCGAGAGUUUGGAUACUCAGUCCGCAUGCUUGAAGAUAUACUCGACAGAGCCACAGCGCGGUACCCUGAGCAGAGUCUCCGUGUCUUCGUUGAAGCUCGUGAGCCGACAGCGAAGUUCAACCCAGUCGCGUAUAUGAAUGUUUUUGUGGAGCCCAUGUCAGAAGAAACCAUCAACAAGAUACAAGAUGCAGCUCUUGCCAGAAGAGACGAGUACGAUCGCCGACUCUACAAUGGCGAUGGUGAUCUUGAGGAGGCUGACGGAUCCGAGGAAGAUGUCAACGUUAGCGACCUCGAGGACGAGGAAGAGAUGGAUGCUAUCAUAACCAGCAAGCCGCAAGCCGCAGAGUCGAUCGACGAAGCGCAAGCAGAUCCGACCGCUCCUCAUCCCAGCCAACUCACAUACAUGAACGCAGGAGCGAAUGACGAUGCUGAUAGUCAUGCGGACUCGGCCGCCAACACUGCCUUCCUGGACAGCCUAACAGACAUCGACUUCUCUCCUGCCUCACUGCAGCCCUCCGCUGAAUCCGCUACUCAAACCCCUGCACCCAUCCUCGGCUUCAAGAUCAUAGUCCGCCACCAAGUUAACGGCAAACGCGUGGGCCGACCGGAAAACCUGACCGAAAAGGACAUAUGGAAGCUCGAAUACACGGUGGAGGAGAUGGAUCCGAAACGGGUGGUGGUAAAGUAUGCCAUGUGCAAGAAACGCAGGGAGAAUCUUCACGCUUCGUUGAGGAGAGACGAGAAUAAGGUCAGUCCGUAUGUGCGGAGGCUGGUUGAGAUGAGUAACGAUGGAAGGGCGUGGCGGAGGAAGCAGGAUGAGCUGGACGCGACGAGGGAACGGGUUGUGCUCUACGACGCCGGUCGAGCCAAAGACUAA